AUGAAAGUGCAGCAACUAAAUAAAUGAAAUUUUUAAUUAUUAAAAAAAUGAGCAACUUGAAAUAGGGCAGGAAAAGUUGGGCUACCAGAUUCUCCCAUUUCCAUUCACCACCCUGAGAAACUGGCACAAUAUGGUCAAUAGUCAAGUCCUCGUGCGAAGCACAGUACCUGUUGUAAGAAAAAAAAAAAACUAGCAUAACCCUUCUAAUGUGAACAUGUGAAGCCCAAUCGAUGACAAUGUUCUUGCUUAGAUGAAAAUAUCCUAAAUAACUAAAAAUAAUUAAAUCGAGCAAAUUUAUAGUAAGAACAACAUAGACGCUCAAUUAUGCAGGAAUAUGCUAUAACAAUAAUAUAAUAAAAUACAAAUUUAGAUGGAGAAAAGUUGAUUUCUUCUUGAGCCAAAUUAAAUCCUAGACAGGCGUACGUCAGAAUAUGGGAAAUUAGCAUUAAUAUCAGAUAUGGCAUCAUCAUCAUCGUAGAGUCACUCUACACGUCAUAGGGCUAUAAAACUCAUCACGACUAAGGCCAUGAAUGUGAACAUUAAGACGACAAUCUUGGAACGCAUUAGGUUUUCCAAGAGCUGCCAAUCUAUUGGUAUCUUCUUAUAAUUCAUCGCAUGUUAGAGUAUUGCUAUUUUAUAUCUCGAGUUCCUCAGCUGAAGGGGAGAUUUGAUUAUAGAUUCCAAUUUCUCCCACGAAAAGGGCAUAAAACUAGGGAGUAAUGACACAUUUAGGGCCUAUGGUUUGAGGUUUCGGAUCUGGAGACGGGCAUAUAAACAUGACCAGUCAGUAUGAGUAAGAGCUUACUGGCAAGUGUAUGAAUCUCGAUGGAGCACAGCUUUACGGCUGAGGCUGUUUCUGCGCCUUCGCCUCUUAACAACAUGUAGCAAAUGGGGCACCUGAAAGCAGUGGAGAUAUCCCAUUAAUAUGGGGAAAAUAAACUCUGGUAAUCCCAUCAUGUGAAUAUUCGGCAGGAAAGAUGAUUAAAUGAGCUAGAGUUAGUAAUCUUCAGGAUCGUUGGCUCACCCUCAGAACUGCUGGGAUGUAGAAGGAACCUCGGGGUGAUGACACUGUUCGAUCAUAGUAUUCUAGAACAUCAGCCUGGGAAAUGAUGCCAAGAAGAGAGUCAUGCAAAACCCCAAGCUUUAUUUCACCGUCAACCAUAUGACUGUCUAAUUAAACAUAAUUAGCCGGAAAAUGUUGCAAUGGGGUCUUCUAACCAAAUAUAAGCAAAAAAGAUAGAAUGAAAAUGGCCCCCCACCUUCUCCAUGAAUUCCAAACAAAUAGCUCGCCGCCAACAAAUCACAUUGAUAGGCCUGAAAAGAUUUUCCAAAAGUGGAAUCAAAACACACCAUUCAUGCUGGAGGGGGACAGAGAUUAAACCUCAGAGAGAUUGAGAAGUUCCAUUGUCAAACAAGCUACUGCCCAAAAUCUGUUCCACAAUAUUACAAUCUGUAUAUUACAUGGAUGAUGCAAUUCAAGUAUUUCAUCUUCACAAGAACACAGGAGACUAGCCCGAUUUAUGCUGCUCGCAUUCAGCAUAGGGUGUGGGACAGCAAUCAAGAACAAAGAUAGAAGGUCGAGAUGGGGGAGAGUCGUCAUCAACUUUGGCUACAGCCCCCUAAUCUCGCCUCCCUUGUUUUUAUCUGGGUUCCCGUAGGGGUGAAGAUCUCAUCUAUUUCAUGGCAACCCUCGCAGGCAUUGACUGAAUUAUUGCGACUUCCAGAAGGUAAAUAAUCCACCCCGUCAAAAAUCAAGAGCACUUAUGUUUAAAGCGAGCUCUGGGCAAUGCAAGAGAUGUUUACCACAACGUUGUAGAUAAGAUCAUGAUAUCCACACGAAGCAAUCAAAACCCCUCUGACGAGCCUAGAUGUUUAGACAGAAGUAGCUGUUUGGAUAUGCUCUAGAUUGAGAACGUGAGCUCACCAGGUUCUCGUAAUACGAUUUGUGUAAUCUAGGAACAUUGUACAGAGGGAUUUAGCUUAUUUUAUGGGAGCUCUUCAUUGAUUUAAUUGAACACUCCAUCUGAAUUUAAUAAAUAUCCAGAAAAUAAGCAAUUCAUGAUGAUCCAUUGCUCGAAUGGCAAUGAUCGGAUGUAGCAAUCGAAGAACUACACGAAUCGGUGAGCACGAGACAAGUAACCUGUAAGAGAUGUCCAAGACCAGGCCUCUGAAGCAGGAGAGUUCAUCCCUCUCAUACUCCUCAUGGUGAUCAUCGUGGCCAACGGCAUCCUUCGAGCCCUGCUCCUCACUGAAGGCGCUCCUGUUCCUGUCCAAGGAAGAGACCCCGGCGUACAACCUCCCCAGCCUCUUCUCACAGCCAUCGCCCCUUCCGUCAUGGAGCGCAAAAGCAAGCGGGUUCCUGGGAGCCCAAACCCCACCGCCAACGCCAAUUGCCCGCUGGAGCGCGUGGUCUCCGGGAUCGCAGUCCCUGCGCCCGCCGAUGUGCAGCCUGAAGCACCCAUUGGCUGCGAAUUUCGCCAUGAGAGGCCCCCUUCACUUCCUCCGGUUCUCCCAGAAAGCCCUCCCUUCACUCUCUCUCUCUCUCUCCCCACCUGCCCCUUCCCCCUGAACUGCUGGCUGGCCGAAGAAGCAACCCACGGCAGCUCCUUCGUCUCCGGGGUCAACAGGGACCCGGAGAGAUCCUGUGCGCCACAUGUUCCCUGCAGUGGCCUGCACCAGAAAUAUCUCCCCUUUCCAACCGAUUUCUCCUCGGCGGGGGCGAAGGAAGGGAGAGACCGCAUUUGAAUACCCUAAUGGGCCAUUAUUAGGCCUUAUAUUGGGCUGGGACGGAAAUAAUCUGGCACAGUCUUCGAGGCCAAUCAUGUUGCCUUCAGACUGAGCCCAGCUGUCUGCAACUUUUUGAGAAAAUGGUACCCGCCAUCUGCUCGAUGGAAUUCCUCAAAGAGGUUAUUACAUAGGGAAUAGAACGGCGGCAGCUGCGUUAGGCGACGCCGCCGUUGACAUGGACCACCUGUCCGUUGACCCACUCCCCGCUGGCGGAAGCGAGGAAACCCACCACGUUGGCGAUGUCAUGUGGCCUCCCGAUUCGACCCAUAGGGCACUCCGCCGCCACCCGCGCCACCUCCGCCUCGUUCUGCCUCACCGCGUAGAACAUGUCCGUUUCGGUGGGCCCCGGCGCCACGCAAUUGGCGGUGAUGCCCGUGCCGGCGAGCUCCUUCGCCAGCACAGUCACCAUCGCCUCCACCGCCGCUUUGGACCCGGCGUACGCCGCAAACCCGGGCUUCCGCUGCGCCACCAUCGAGGAGCUGACGGCGAUUAUCCGCCCGCCGCCUCCACGUGGCAGGCGGUUCGCCGCCUCCCGGCAGCAGAGGAAGGCCCCCCGGGUGUUGACCCUGAACAUGUGGUCAAAAGAGUCCUCAGUGGUGGCGGCGAGGGACGGGUAGCUGGAGACGAGAACGCCGGCACAGCAGACGAGGAUGUGGGCUUCGCUGCCGAAGGCCUCUUCGGCACGGUCAAAGAGGGCCUUGACGGCGGCGGGGUCGGACACGUCGGCUUGGACGGCGACGGCGCGGGGGUCGGCGGAGGACGCGUUGAGGGUGGCGGUGAGGGAGUGGGCGGCGCCGGAGCUCGAGGUGUAG